CACAUCACCCUCACGCCUCGCCUCGUCGCCGGCCGCCAGUCUCGCCCGAACCUCACACAGGACGGACGUGUGUGCCUCCGCCUCCGCCGCCACGUCUGCUCAGUGCCCUAACCGCAGCCGCCGCAAUGGUGAUCAAGGAGAAGAAGAAAACGGAGCAGAAGAUGGAGAAGAAACAACAAGAAAAGAAAAAGCCGGAGGAUGAGAAGUGUAUUUGCCAGAUAUGCACGUGUGGGCGGCACCGAUGUCCCCACUCGCAGCCCUCCGUGCGUCGCUGGCAACACACAGCUCUGGUGGAUGAAUCUGCCCCGAUGGAAUACACGACGGAGCAGAGCGCGGCCUACAAGUCUUACUCCUCCUCCCAGCACAGAACUGCACUCAAGAUGGAGAAGAAGUACCUGGAGACCUUUAGCGUGAGUGGAGAGAGCCAAAGACUUGAACAGUCUCAGGCAGAGGGCGCUUCAUUCGCUGGCGCCCAGCAGAUGACAACCUCCUCCUCGACACAAGAACAGAGGUCAUCCAGCAGCGUGCAGGAGAAGCGGUCAUAUUCGAGCCUGCAGGAGAGCUCUUCCUCCAGCAAAGAGAAGCACAUGCGCUCCUCCUACGACCAGCACACUCAGCAGGAAUUACAGAAGUUUGCAGACUCGCUUUCUAUCCAGGAGGACUUGUUCAGUAGCGAGGCACAGCAGCAGCAGCAGCAGCAGCAGCAGCAGCAGCAGGCGAGACUCACCACAGACGGCGGCCGACACGUCAAGCAGGCAACGCAGCAGGCAGUGUUACGAGUCGGGGAGCCAGGCAUGAUUGAGAUCAUCCCCGGGGCAGGAGGCGGCGGUCUGACAGUGAGCGGCACCUCAACCAUCUCCUCCUCCUCCAAGAUGGCCGCCGAACACUCCUCCGUCAGUUCCUACCAGGUCUCCUCCUCCACCUCAUCCUCACGCAAACUGAACCAGACAUCAGACUCGCGUGAGGUGAUCAGUGGAAGCGUCAUUACUGAGGGCAGCAACAAAAUGCUAGAAAGUCAACAAGCAGCAUCAAGUAUGGACAUGCAAAUGAUGAGCUCCGCAACAGCACACGAAAGCAGGCAACAUCAGGAGAGCAGGUCAUCCACGAGGCAGGAGCUUCAGGAAAUGUCAGAAACUCAGCAGAUGUCAUGGUCGAGUCAGCAACAGGAAAAGAGUCAUCACAUGUCAUCAGAGAGUCGCCAGAUGUCCAGCAGUCAGCAGAUCUCAGAACUGGAAAAACUCUCGAAGAGUCAGAUUUCAGAGAGUCAAAGGAAGUCUACAAGUCAAGAAGUAUCCUUAGCUAGCCACGAGACGUCCCACCACAGCACACACAUGAGGGAAAGCCAUCAGGAGACAUCCUCAGUCUCCUCCCAACACACUUCACAAGUCCAGCAAAAUAUACAAACAUCACAGAUUAGAGACACCCGGACCGCCAGAAAUAGACAAGAGAUGUCCAGCAUUAUGGUUGAGGGAGAUUACCAUGGUAAGAGUACAGCAAAGGAAGAAUUCAUGACAAUAUCUGGUGUAGCUCUACCAGCGAGUCGCCCAAAAGAUUCCAUCAAGUUGACAGGAGAAUACAACUACCCAGAGAGAGCCAUCCCCGGCAAAGGUGACCGAGCAGACGUCAAACGACCCUCAGACAACCUGAGGCCCGAGGGAGACUUCACUGCCCCAGAGAGGAUAUCACCAGGCAAAGGUGACCGAGCAGACGUAAGGAGACCUUCUGAUAACUUACGACCUGAAGGAGAUUUCUCAGUGCCCGACAAGACUUCACCAGGAAAGGGUGACAGAGCGGAUGUCAAGAGGCCCUCCGACAGCCUGAGGCCCGAAGGAGAUUUCUCAGUGCCCGACAAGACUUCACCAGGAAAGGGCGAACGAGCAGAUGUCAAGAGACCCUCCGAUAGCCUGAGGCCCGAAGGAGAUUUCUCAGUGCCCGACAAGACUUCACCAGGGAAGGGAGACCGAGCAGAUGUCAAAAGACCCUCCGACAACUUGAGACCUGAGGGGGAUUUUACUGCCCCCGAGAGGACUUCACCUGGCAAAGGCGACAGAGCAGACGUCAAGAGGCCCUCCGACAACUUGAGGCCCGAGGGAGACUUUUCAGUGCCCGACAAGGCCUCGCCAGGUCAGGGUGACCGGGCACCUGUACGGAGGCCACAGGACAACCUUGCUCCGUCUGGCGAUUUCGAAGGUGUCAGCACAAACAAGAACUACUACAAUGUUGUCCAGGGCGAGAGGGCAGAUAUCAGACAACACCACGACUCCCUGAAAAUGACAGGGGAGUUUACCGGUGUCACCUCCAGCCAAGAAACAUUCCACCAGCACCAGUCCGUCUCACGAUCAGAGCGAGUUAUUCACGAAGACAACAUCAAGCUGGAGGGAGAUAUCACCACCAUGCAGUCCUCAUCCCACUCCGAGUAUUUAGAAAAGACUGGUGAUCGCCCAAAGCUGCAAAGGAAGAAGACGUGGACGAAACUUGAGGGAGAAAUGUACAUGAAUCGGUCCAGUGAUGAAUAUCAAGGUUACCAGACGACCGAAAAAACCCACGUGACCCGUCAUGAAGACAACCUUAGGAUGGAAGGUAUAUUUGAGGGAAAAACGAAAGAAACAGAAAUAGUGAAAGGGGAAAGAGCAGUUACUAGGCGCCAUGAGGAUAACUUGAAGCUUGAGGGGACCUUUGAAGGGAAACCUACAGACGAGGUUCCUCUUGGGGAAAGAGCUCCUACGAAGAAACAUCCUGAUAACCUACGCCUUGAGGGAGAUUUUGAAAGCAAACCGACUGAGGAGGCCCCGGUUGGUGAGCGAGCAUCAAUAAAGCGAUACCCAGACAAUCUCAAACUCUCUGGAGAUAUUGAGACUCCCUCGCCAGAGGGUACUCCUCUUGCAGUGAGAGAGGCCAUCAAGAGAUACCCAGACAACCUACGUAUGGAAGGGGAAUUCACUGGACGCUCAAGGAGUCGCAGUCCUAUCAAAGGUGAAAGAGCACAACAGAAACGUCAUGCUGACAACCUCAAGAUGGAGGGCACCUUCGAGGGAAUGGAGAGAAGCAAGAGUCCCACAAAAGGCGAGCGUGCACCAACCAAAAGGCAUCCUGAUAAUCUGAAGGUGGAGGGAGACUUUUUAGGGCGGUCGCCUGAGUCAGCCCCAAAAGGAGAACGUGCUCCUGUCAAAAAGCACCCCGACAAUCUUAAGAUGGAAGGAGAUUUUGAGGCUAAGCCAAGAGGCAGAAGUCCAGUAAAGGGUGAGAGAGCAAAAACUAAGAAACAUCCAGAUAAUCUGAAAGUUGAGGGAGAAUUUGAAGGUAAGCCUAAGCAACCAGCACCAAAGGGCGACAGAGCAACAACAAAGAAACACGAGGACAACCUCAAGAUGGAAGGCUCUCUAGUCGUAAGAGAGCGCAGCAAGAGUCCAACUAAGGGGGAGAGGGCGCAGAUUAAAAAGCAUCCCGACAAUCUGAAGUUACAAGGAGAUUUCGAAGGAAAGCCAACAGACACAACACCAUUGAAGGGAGAGAGAGCAAAAAUAGUGCGUCAUGAAGACCAGCUACACAUGGAGGGAGACUUUAGUGUGGAGAAGAAGGAGCAAGUCACAUACAGAGGUGAAAGGGCUGAAAUCAAAAGGCACGAGGACAGUCUAAGAAUGGAAGGUUCCUUUACCGGAAGAGAGGAAGAGUAUUACGUUACCAAAGGUGAGCGGGCCACUAUUGUGAGGCAUGAAGAUAAUCUUCAUAUGCAAGGAGAUUUUAUGGUGCCUGAGACAGAGAAAGCCCCUAAGGGAGUAAGGGAACCAAUGAAGAAAUACCCUGAUAACAUUAAACUAUCGGGAGACUUUGUUGGAAAGCCUCGUGAAGAUGCACCACAUGGUGAACGUGCUCCUAUUAAGAGGCACCCAGACAACCUAAGAAUGGAGGGAGACUUCGAAGCACCAGCACCAGAAGAGGUUCCCAGGCCAGAAAGGGCACCAGUGAAGAGGCAUCAGGAUAACUUGCAUAUGACAGGAGAAUUCCAUGGUAGAGAAGAAGAUUAUCGCAUCAUAAAAGGGGAAAGAGUUGAAGUGGUGCGUAGAGAGGACAACCUAAGAAUGGAAGGGGAAUUUAUUGGCAAAGAAUAUGAAGAAAUUUCAAUUGGUGAGCGGGCUCGAGUUAAAAGACACCCAGAUAACCUGAAAAUGGUAGGAGACUUUUAUGCACCUACUCCUGAAGAUGCCCCUAAGGGAGAGAGAGCCCCUAUCAAAAGACAUGAAGACAACCUUCGUAUGACUGGAAAAUUCCAAGGAAAGGAAGAGGAAACAAGAAUAUUCCGAGGAGAACGAAGUGAAGUGGUGAGACACACAGACAAUCUUCGCAUGGAAGGAGAAUUUAUUGGUAAGGAAUAUGAAGAGAUAACAAUAGGUGAAAGAGCUCCAGUGAAGAAGCAUCCAGAUAAUCUCCGUAUGGACGGAAAGUUUUAUGCUCCCACACCGGAAGAAGCUCCAAAAGGAGAAAGAGCUCCAGUCAAAAGACAUCCAGAUAACCUCACCAUGGCUGGAGACUUUGAAGGAAAGCCAAGAGAGGACGCUCCAUAUGCUCAAAGAGCCCCUGUCAAGAAACAUCCUGAUAACCUUCGUAUGGAUGGUGACUUCUACGCCCCAUCUCCUGAUGAAGCACCUCGUGGUGAGAGAGCUCCAGUCAAGAAGCAUCCUGACAACCUCAAAAUGGUUGGAGAUUUCGAGGGCAAGCCAAAGGAGGACGCUCCUUAUGCUCAAAGAGAACCUGUUAAAAAACAUCCUGACAAUCUCCGCAUGGAUGGUGACUUCUAUGCCCCAUCGGCAGGUGAGGCCCCUCGUGGUGAGAGAGCUCCAGUCAAGAAACAUCCAGAUAACCUGAAAAUGACAGGAGACUUUGAAGGCAAGCCAAGGGAGGACGCUCCUCAUGCUCAAAGAGCUCCUGUUAAGAAACACCCUGACAACCUUCGCAUGGAUGGUGACUUCUAUGCCCCAUCUCCGGAUGAAGCACCACGAGGUGAGAGGGCUCCAGUGAAGAAGCAUCCCGACAAUCUCAAGAUGGUCGGAGACUUCGAGGGCAAGCCAAGAGAAGAUGCUCCUCAUGCUCAAAGAGCUCCUGUUAAGAAGCACCCAGACAACCUUCGAAUGGAUGGAGACUUCUAUGCGCCAACACCAGGUGAAGCUCCACGUGGAGAGAGAGCUCCUGUGAAGAAGCAUCCUGACAAUCUCAAGAUGGUGGGAGACUUUGAGGGCAAGCCAAGGGAGGAUGCUCCAUAUGCUCAAAGAGAACCAGUAAAGAAACACCCAGACAACCUACGUAUGGAUGGUGACUUCUAUGCACCCUCUCCUGGUGACGCUCCUCGUGGUGAACGAGCUCCAGUCAAGAAACAUCCUGACAACCUCAAAAUGACAGGAGAAUUCCAAGGAAAGGAAGACGAAUUCAGAGUCGUCCGUGGAGAAAGAGUGGAUGUUGUGCGGCGAGAAGACAACCUUCGUAUGGAAGGAGAAUUUAUUGGCAAGGAAUAUGAACAGGUUACAGUUGGUGAACGUGCAACAGUGCAGAGGCAUGUUGACAACCUUCGCAUGGAGGGAGAGUUCAUUGGGAAGGAGUAUGAAGAGAUCACCGUGGGUGAACGAGCUACUGUCAAGAAACACACUGACAACCUACGAAUGGACGGAGAAUUCUAUGCACCAUCUCCUGAGGAGGCUCCUCGAGGUGAGAGAGCGCCAGUCAAGAAACACCCUGACAACCUGAGGAUGGUCGGAGACUUUGAGGGCAAGCCAAGAGAAGAUGCGCCUUAUGCUCAAAGGGCCCCUGUCAAGAAACACCCUGAUAACCUUCGUAUGGAUGGUGACUUCUACGCCCCAUCUCCUGACGAAGCACCUCGCGGUGAGAGAGCUCCAGUCAAGAAGCAUCCUGACAACCUCAAAAUGGUUGGAGACUUCGAGGGCAAGCCAAGGGAGGACGCUCCUUAUGCUCAAAGACAACCAGUUAAGAAACAUCCUGACAAUCUCCGCAUGGAUGGUGACUUCUAUGCCCCAUCACCAGGUGAGGCUCCUCGUGGUGAGAGAGCUCCAGUCAAGAAACAUCCUGAUAACCUGAAAAUGACAGGAGACUUUGAAGGCAAGCCAAAAGAGGACGCUCCUCAUGCUCAGAGAGCUCCUGUUAAGAAACACCCUGACAACCUACGUAUGGAUGGCGACUUCUAUGCCCCAUCUCCAGAUGAAGCACCACGAGGUGAGAGAGCUCCUGUGAAGAAGCAUCCCGACAAUCUCAAGAUGGUCGGAGACUUCGAGGGCAAGCCAAAAGAAGAUGCUCCUCAUGCUCAAAGAGCUCCUGUUAAGAAGCACCCAGACAACCUUCGAAUGGACGGAGACUUCUAUGCACCAUCACCAGGUGAAGCUCCACGUGGAGAAAGAGCUCCUGUGAAGAAGCAUCCUGACAACCUUAAAAUGGCUGGUGAAUUUGAAGGCAGGCCGAGAGAAGACGCUCCUUAUGCUGUACGGGCCCCUGUGCAAAAGCACCCAGACAACCUUCACAUGGAUGGACAAUUUUAUGCUCCUACACAGGAGGAAGCACCUCGAGGAGAAAGGGCACCCAUCAAAAAACAUCCUGAUAACCUUAAGAUGGUGGGAGACUUUGAAGGUAAGCCUAGGGAGGACGCUCCUUAUACUCAAAGAGAGCCAGUUAAGAAACACCCUGAUAAUCUUCGCAUGGAUGGUGACUUCUAUGCUCCAUCUCCAAGUGAAGCUCCUCGUGGUGAGAGAGCUCCAGUCAAGAAACAUCCAGACAACUUGAAGAUGACCGGUGACUUCGAAGGAAAGCCAAGAGAAGAUGCUCCUUAUGCUCAAAGGGCCCCAGUCAAGAAACACCCAGACAAUCUACGCAUGGAUGGAGACUUUUAUGCUCCAUCUCCCGAUGAGGCUCCUCGUGGUGAAAGAGCUCCAGUCAAGAAACAUCCUGAUAAUUUGAGGAUGGCCGGCGAUUUCGAAGGAAAACCAAGAGAAGAUGCUCCUUAUGCUCAAAGAGCCCCUGUCAAGAAACACCCAGACAAUCUACGCAUGGAUGGAGACUUUUAUGCUCCAUCUCCCGAUGAGGCUCCUCGUGGUGAGAGAGCUCCAGUCAAGAAACAUCCUGAUAACCUUAAAAUGGUUGGAGACUUUGAGGGCAAGCCAAGGGAGGAUGCUCCAUAUGCUCAAAGAGAACCUGGUAAGAAACACCCUGACAAUCUUCGUAUGGAUGGCGAUUUCUACGCUCCAUCUCCUGAAGAGGCACCACGUGGCGAAAGAGCUCCAGUCAAGAAACAUCCUGACAACCUCAAAAUGACAGGAGAAUUCCAAGGAAAGGAAGACGAAUUCAGAGUCGUCCGUGGAGAAAGAGUUGACGUUGUGCGGCGAGAAGACAACCUUCGUAUGGAAGGAGAAUUUAUUGGCAAGGAAUAUGAGCAGGUUACAGUUGGUGAACGUGCAACAGUGCAGAGGCAUGUUGACAACCUUCGCAUGGAGGGAGAGUUCAUUGGGAAGCAGUAUGAAGAGAUCACCGUGGGUGAACGAGCUACUGUCAAGAAACACACUGACAACCUACGAAUGGACGGAGAAUUCUAUGCACCAUCUCCUGAGGAGGCUCCUCGAGGUGAGAGAGCGCCAGUCAAGAAACACCCUGACAACCUGAGGAUGGUCGGAGACUUUGAGGGCAAGCCAAGAGAAGAUGCGCCUUAUGCUCAAAGGGCCCCUGUCAAGAAACACCCUGAUAACCUUCGUAUGGAUGGUGACUUCUAUGCCCCAUCUCCUGACGAAGCACCUCGCGGUGAGAGAGCUCCAGUCAAGAAGCAUCCUGACAACUUGAGGAUGGCUGGAGACUUUGAGGGGAAGCCAAGGGAAGAUGCGCCUUAUGCUGAAAGGGCUCCUGUCAAGAAACACCCUGAUAACCUUCGUAUGGUUGGUGACUUCUACGCCCCAUCUCCUGACGAAGCACCUCGCGGUGAGAGAGCUCCAGUCAAGAAGCAUCCUGACAACCUCAAAAUGGUUGGAGACUUCGAGGGCAAGCCAAGGGAGGACGCUCCUUAUGCUCAAAGACAACCAGUUAAGAAACAUCCUGACAAUCUCCGCAUGGAUGGCGACUUCUAUGCCCCAUCACCAGGUGAGGCUCCUCGUGGUGAGAGAGCUCCAGUCAAGAAACAUCCUGAUAACCUGAAAAUGACAGGAGAAUUUGAAGGCAAGCCAAGGGAGGAUGCUCCUCAUGCUCAGAGAGCUCCUGUUAAGAAACACCCUGACAACCUACGUAUGGAUGGCGACUUCUAUGCCCCAUCUCCAGAUGAAGCACCACGAGGUGAGAGAGCUCCUGUGAAGAAGCAUCCCGACAAUCUCAAGAUGGUCGGAGACUUCGAGGGCAAGCCAAGAGAAGAUGCUCCUCAUGCUCAAAGAGCUCCUGUUAAGAAGCACCCAGACAACCUUCGAAUGGACGGAGACUUCUAUGCGCCAUCACCAGGUGAAGCUCCACGUGGAGAAAGAGCUCCUGUGAAGAAGCAUCCUGACAACCUUAAAAUGGCUGGUGAAUUUGAAGGCAGGCCGAGAGAAGACGCUCCUUAUGCUGUACGGGCCCCUGUGCAAAAGCACCCAGACAACCUUCACAUGGAUGGACAAUUUUAUGCUCCUACACAGGAGGAAGCACCUCGAGGAGAAAGGGCACCCAUCAAAAAACAUCCUGAUAACCUUAAGAUGGUGGGAGACUUUGAAGGUAAGCCUAGGGAGGACGCUCCUUAUACUCAAAGAGAGCCAGUUAAGAAACACCCUGAUAAUCUUCGCAUGGAUGGUGACUUCUAUGCUCCAUCUCCAAGUGAAGCUCCUCGUGGUGAGAGAGCUCCAGUCAAGAAACAUCCAGACAACUUGAAGAUGACCGGUGACUUCGAAGGAAAGCCAAGAGAAGAUGCUCCUUAUGCUCAAAGGGCCCCAGUCAAGAAACACCCAGACAAUCUACGCAUGGAUGGAGACUUUUAUGCUCCAUCUCCCGAUGAGGCUCCUCGUGGUGAGAGAGCUCCAGUCAAGAAACAUCCUGAUAAUUUGAGGAUGGCCGGUGAUUUCGAAGGAAAACCAAGAGAAGAUGCUCCUUAUGCUCAAAGAGCCCCUGUCAAGAAACACCCAGACAACCUUCGAAUGGAUGGAGACUUUUAUGCUCCAUCUCCAGACGAGGCUCCUCGUGGUGAGAGAGCUCCAGUAAAGAAGCAUCCCGAUAACCUUAAAAUGGUUGGUGACUUUGAGGGAAGGCCGAGAGAGGACGCUCCUUAUGCUCAAAGACAACCGGUUAAGAAACACCCUGACAAUCUUCAUAUGGAUGGGGACUUUUAUGCUCCAUCUCCCGAUGAGGCUCCUCGUGGUGAGAGAGCUCCAGUCAAGAAACAUCCUGACAAUUUGAGAAUGACCGGUGACUUCGAAGGAAAACCAAGAGAAGAUGCUCCUUAUGCUCAAAGAGCCCCAGUCAAGAAACAUCCAGAUAAUCUUCGCAUGGAUGGAGACUUUUAUGCUCCAUCUCCCGAUGAGGCGCCUCGUGGUGAGAGAGCUCCAGUCAAGAAACAUCCUGAUAACCUUAAAAUGGUUGGAGACUUUGAGGGCAAGCCAAGGGAGGAUGCUCCAUAUGCUCAAAGAGAACCUGGUAAGAAACACCCUGACAAUCUUCGUAUGGAUGGCGAUUUUUACGCUCCAUCUCCUGAAGAGGCACCACGUGGCGAAAGAGCUCCAGUCAAGAAACAUCCUGACAACCUCAAAAUGACAGGAGAAUUCCAAGGAAAAGAAGACGAAUUCAGAGUCGUCCGUGGAGAAAGAGUUGACGUUGUGCGGCGAGAAGACAACCUUCGUAUGGAAGGAGAAUUUAUUGGCAAGGAAUAUGAGCAGGUUACAGUUGGUGAACGUGCAACAGUGCAGAGGCAUGUUGACAACCUUCGCAUGGAGGGAGAGUUCAUUGGGAAGCAGUAUGAAAAGAUCACCGUGGGUGAACGAGCUACUGUCAAGAAACACACUGAUAACCUACGAAUGGACGGAGAAUUCUAUGCACCAUCUCCUGAGGAGGCUCCUCGAGGUGAGAGAGCGCCAGUCAAGAAACACCCUGACAACCUGAGGAUGGUCGGAGACUUUGAGGGCAAGCCAAGAGAAGAUGCGCCUUAUGCUCAAAGGGCCCCUGUCAAGAAACACCCUGAUAACCUUCGUAUGGAUGGUGACUUCUACGCCCCAUCUCCUGACGAAGCACCUCGCGGUGAGAGAGCUCCAGUCAAGAAGCAUCCUGACAACUUGAGAAUGGCUGGAGACUUUGAGGGGAAGCCAAGAGAAGAUGCGCCUUUUGCUGAAAGGGCCCCUGUCAAGAAACACCCUGACAAUCUUCGUAUGGAUGGUGACUUCUAUGCCCCAUCUCCUGGCGAAGCACCUCGUGGUGAGAGAGCUCCAGUCAAGAAGCAUCCUGACAACCUCAAAAUGGUUGGAGACUUCGAGGGCAAGCCAAGGGAGGACGCUCCUUAUGCUCAAAGAGAACCAGUUAAGAAACAUCCUGACAAUCUCCGCAUGGAUGGUGACUUCUAUGCCCCAUCACCAGGUGAGGCUCCUCGUGGUGAGAGAGCUCCAGUCAAGAAACAUCCUGAUAACCUGAAAAUGACAGGAGACUUUGAAGGCAAGCCAAGGGAGGACGCUCCUCAUGCUCAAAGAGCUCCUGUUAAGAAACACCCUGACAACCUUCGCAUGGAUGGCGACUUCUAUGCCCCAUCUCCGGAUGAAGCACCACGAGGUGAGAGAGCUCCUGUGAAGAAGCAUCCUGACAAUCUCAAGAUGGUUGGAGACUUCGAAGGGAAGCCAAGAGAAGAUGCUCCUCAUGCUCAAAGAGCUCCUGUUAAGAAGCACCCAGACAACCUUCGAAUGGAUGGAGACUUCUAUGCGCCAUCACCAGGUGAAGCUCCACGUGGAGAGAGAGCUCCUGUGAAGAAGCAUCCUGACAAUCUCAAGAUGGUGGGAGACUUUGAGGGCAAGCCAAGGGAGGAUGCUCCAUAUGCUCAAAGAGAACCAGUAAAGAAACACCCAGACAACCUACGUAUGGAUGGUGACUUCUAUGCACCCUCUCCUGGUGACGCUCCUCGUGGUGAACGAGCUCCAGUCAAGAAACAUCCUGACAACCUCAAAAUGACAGGAGAAUUCCAAGGAAAGGAAGACGAUUUCAGAGUCGUCCGUGGAGAAAGAGUUAACGUUGUGCGGCGAGAAGACAACCUUCGUUUGGAAGGAGAAUUUACUGGGAAGGAAUAUGAGCAGGUUACAGUUGGUGAACGUGCAACAGUGCAGAGGCAUGUUGACAACCUUCGCAUGGAGGGAGAGUUCAUUGGGAAGGAGUAUGAACAGAUCACCGUGGGUGAACGAGCUACUGUCAAGAAACACACUGAUAACCUACGAAUGGACGGAGAAUUCUAUGCACCAUCUCCUGAGGAGGCUCCUCGAGGUGAGAGAGCGCCAGUCAAGAAACACCCUGACAACCUGAGGAUGGUCGGAGACUUUGAGGGCAAGCCAAGAGAAGAUGCGCCUUAUGCUCAAAGGGCCCCUGUCAAGAAGCACCCUGAUAACCUUCGUAUGGAUGGUGACUUCUACGCCCCAUCUCCUGACGAAGCACCUCGCGGUGAGAGAGCUCCAGUCAAGAAACAUCCCGAUAACCUGAAAAUGACAGGAGACUUUGAAGGCAAGCCAAGGGAGGACGCUCCUCAUGCUCAAAGAGCUCCUGUUAAGAAACACCCUGACAACCUUCGCAUGGAUGGCGACUUCUAUGCCCCAUCUCCGGAUGAAGCACCACGAGGUGAGAGGGCUCCUGUAAAGAAGCAUCCUGACAAUCUCAAGAUGGUCGGAGACUUCGAGGGCAAGCCAAGAGAAGAUGCUCCUCAUGCUCAAAGAGCUCCUGUUAAGAAGCACCCAGACAACCUUCGAAUGGAUGGAGACUUCUAUGCGCCAUCACCAGGUGAAGCUCCACGUGGAGAGAGAGCUCCUGUGAAGAAGCAUCCUGACAAUCUCAAGAUGGUGGGAGACUUUGAGGGCAAGCCAAGGGAGGAUGCUCCAUAUGCUCAAAGAGAACCAGUAAAGAAACACCCAGACAACCUACGUAUGGAUGGUGACUUCUAUGCACCCUCUCCUGGUGACGCUCCUCGUGGCGAACGAGCUCCAGUCAAGAAACAUCCUGACAACCUCAAAAUGACAGGAGAAUUCCAAGGAAAGGAAGACGAAUUCAGAGUCGUCCGUGGAGAAAGAGUUGACGUUGUGCGGCGAGAAGACAACCUUCGUUUGGAAGGAGAAUUUACUGGCAAGGAAUAUGAGCAGGUUACAGUUGGUGAACGUGCAACAGUGCAGAGGCAUGUUGACAACCUUCGCAUGGAGGGAGAGUUCAUUGGGAAGGAGUAUGAAGAGAUCACCGUGGGUGAACGAGCUACUGUCAAGAAACACACUGACAACCUACGAAUGGACGGAGAAUUCUAUGCACCAUCUCCUGAGGAGGCUCCUCGAGGUGAGAGAGCGCCAGUCAAGAAACACCCUGACAACCUGAGGAUGGUCGGAGACUUUGAGGGCAAGCCAAGAGAAGAUGCACCUUAUGCUCAAAGGGCCCCUGUCAAGAAACACCCUGAUAACCUUCGUAUGGAUGGUGACUUCUAUGCCCCAUCUCCUGAUGAAGCACCUCGUGGUGAGAGAGCUCCAGUCAAGAAGCAUCCUGACAACUUGAGGAUGGCUGGAGACUUUGAGGGGAAGCCAAGGGAAGAUGCACCUUAUGCUCAAAGGGCCCCUGUCAAGAAACACCCUGACAACCUUCGUAUGGAUGGUGACUUCUACGCCCCAUCUCCUGACGAAGCACCUCGCGGUGAGAGAGCUCCAGUCAAGAAGCAUCCUGACAACCUCAAAAUGGUUGGAGACUUCGAGGGCAAGCCAAGGGAGGACGCUCCUUAUGCUCAAAGAGAACCAGUUAAAAAACAUCCUGAUAAUCUCCGUAUGGACGGUGACUUUUAUGCUCCGUCUCCUGAUGAUCUUCCUCGUGGUGAGAGAGCUCCUGUCAAGAAACAUCCUGACAAUUUAAGGAUGGUUGGUGACUUCGAAGGAAAACCAAGGGAAGACGCUCCUUAUGCAGAAAGGGCCCCUGUCAAGAAACACCCUGACAACCUACGUAUGGAUGGGGAUUUCUAUGUCCCCUCUCCUGGAGAGGCUCCCAGAGGAGAAAGAGCACCAGUGAGAAGACAGGAUGAUAACCUCCAUAUGACUGGUGAAUUUACUGGCAAAGAGGAAGACUACAAAGUGGUGCGUGGCGAGCGUGUGGAGAUUUCUCGUCGGGAAGACAACCUACACAUGGAUGGCGAAUGGUUGGGGCAGUCCAGCACACACUAUGACUACCCUGUGGUUUCCUCAAUACGUAGCCAGGUAGUCCGCCAUGCUGACAACCUUAAACAAGAAGGUGAAUUUGUUGGCAAGACUCAAUUUGCUGAUGACUAUCAACUCUACCAGAGCCAACGAACACAAACCGUGAAGCACCCAGACAAUCUUACCAUUGAGGGUAAAUACCAUCUUGAUACUUUGCAAAAAGAUGAGUAUAAAAUCCAUAAGGGUGUUCGAGCUGAGAUCAAAAAGCAUAGCGAUAAUUUAAGAGUUGAAGGAGAAUUUUCUGGGCGAGUUCCACACCAUGCUCCCAUAGGAGAACGAGCCCCUGUUGUCCGACACCCUGACCAUCUACGGACAGAUGGUGAGUUCCAAGGCAAGCCAGUAGAAGAUGCACCCCGCGGUGAGCGAGCCCCAGUCAAGAAGCAUCCAGACAACCUAAAGAUGGAAGGUGACUUUGAAGGAAAGCCACAAAAGAGUCCCAUAAGGGGAGAGCGUGCAACAGUGAAGAAACAUGAAGACUCUCUGCGAAUGGAGGGGACAUUUGAGGGCCGCAGAAAAUCAGCAGCUACGAAGGGUGAGAGGGUGGAAAUGAAACGACACACAGACAACCUGCGCUUGGAAGGUGACAUGACAUUCAUAAGAGAUGAGGCUGCUGUUGCUGGCGAAAGAGCUCAGAUAACCAAACACGCUGACAAUCUAAGAAUGGAAGGGGAGCUGGAAGUGAGCAAGACCACCUAUGCCACCAAAGGAGAGAGAGCUGCAGUCCAGAAGCACGAAGACUCUCUGCGAAUGGAAGGUGACAUGAUUAUCACGAAGAAGGAGAUGGCAACUAGAGGAGAACGAGCUGAAAUUCAGAGACAUGAAGAUCACCUGAAAACAGUGGGCGAAUUUGAGGGGAAAGAAAGAACAGUGAUUACAAAAGGAGAGCGUGCGGAAAUCAAGAAACACAAAGACAAUCUUAAGAUGGAAGGAGAACUCAGUGUCGAGAAAAGCACCACUGUGUUGAAGGGAGAGCGAGCAACAAUUAAAAAACAUGAAGAUUCUCUGAAGAUGGAAGGCAAGUUUGAAGGCCGAAGAAAAUCAGCUGCUGUUGGGAAAGGUGAGAGAGCAGAGGUCAGAAAGCCUAAGGAUAACCUGAAGCAAGAAGGCUCUUUGGAAGUGACCAAGGAAACCACUACUGUUAUCAAAGGACAGAGGGCUGAAGUCAAACGACACGAGGAUCACCUCAAGAUGGAAGGCAGCUUCGAAGGAAGGAGAAAGACAGCAAGUACUUUUAAGGGCGAACGUGCAGAGAUCAAGAAGCAUGAGGACAACCUUAAAAUGGAAGGCAAGUUUGAAGGCUUCCAAAGAACCAGCACUCCGAUCAAAGAGGGUGUAAAAAGAACAGACACUUUCAAAGUUAAGGGAGAAAGGGCACAAAUUAAAAAAUAUGAGGACAAUCUUAAGAUGGAGGGUGAGUUCUAUGGCACAUCUCCGAGUGUGAGUCCCAUAAAGGGUGACCGGGCAGACGUCAGGAAACCCAAAGACAAUCUUUCUGUGAAUGGAAAAUUCGAAAGUCGUCCCAAGGAAUCUCCAGGAGUAGGUGAGCGUCCUCCACCUUACAAGUAUGACGACCAUCUGAAGAUGGAAGGGGACUUUGAAGGGCGAAGAAGAGGAUCCCCAGGAAAAGGGGAACGGGUGCCACAAAAGAGACACCCAGACAGCCUACGUCUGGAGGGUGACAUUGAUGGCAGGUCUCCAGAGAGUCCCGGGAAGGGCGAACGUCUACCUCAGAAGCGGUACCCAGAUAAUUUGAAGUUGGAUGGCAGUUAUGAGGGAAGGCCACAAGAAAGCCCAGGCAAGGGUGAGAGACUUCCCCAAAAGAGAUAUCCUGACAACCUCAAACAAGAGGGUAGCAUGGAAGGACGCCCAAAGGGCAGCCCUGGAGAGGGUGAACGUCUGCCUCAAAAGCGCUACCCAGACAACCUCAAGGUAGAGGGAGAGUUCGAGGGCCGCCGACGAGACUCCUCCUUCCAGGGUAGCCGAGCCUCUAUCACCAAACACGAAGAUAGUCUCAAACUGGAAGGAGAAUUCACGGGAUCGCGGCGCGAGAGCAGCGUCAUCAACGGUCAGACUGAAGUUCAGAAGGCUAAAGACGUGACAUCAACAACUGGGACUGUGCAAACCAGACAAGAUACCGCCACCAUGAAAACAGGAAGCACCACCGUUAGCAGCAAGAUGGAAGAGUCAAGUUCCAUGCAAAAGGCAGCGUCCAGCAAGGGUGACACAUCCACUAAUCGCAAUGUGGAGACAGUCGUGUCAUACACCGCCGAUGGCCGGAAGAUAACGCGAGUCAUUACCAAAGAAUCGCGUGAGACCAAGUCGGCUUCAAAGGCAGAGUCGAGGGCAAGUAGCGUCAAAACAACAUCAGAGGAGCGCAAGAUCUCCUCGGCUGAGGCCAAGAUGCAGUCCUCUGAAAUGUCUCAGUCCCAGGAAAGCUCUACAGUAACCGGUAGAUCGGUGAAGGGGAGAUCCCCCCAGCCGGCCACCACACCCACGGGACGUGGCCGUCACAAUCAGUCGUCCUUCUCCCUGUCCGAGGACACAAGCUUCAGUGAAACCAAGGGUCGGUCAUCCUCAGUCCAAAAAUCCACCUCUAGCAGCCAAAUAAGCUUGGAUUCUUCCAAAGUGGAGUCCUCCGCUUCAACGCGAGAGAUGGCUUCCUCUCUCCGACAGGCAGACGCCUUGGACCUGCGUGGUGCAGGAAAGACGGAGACUCUGCACGGUGCCAUCCAUUCACAGGGAGCCAGUCACUCCUCCCAUAUGUCAGGGUCGCAGGACGAGUACCGCAAAUGGUCGGCACACCACCAGCAACGCAACGAGCAGCGGCGUGUGUCCAGCUCCACUGCCGCCACCACCAGCCGCAGCGAGCAGCGCACCACCAGCCGGGGUCGCGGCAACGCCUCCUCCAUCACCUUCCACUCAGAAUACGACCCGUGGCGGGACGCGACUAUCACCCGCAGGGGAGAGUGGCAGAUCGUCACGCCGUGCCCCGCUUCCUUGCUCGAAACCCGCUCCUCUUCCUACAAAUCCACUCACGAGACUAAGGACCACAAGUUUUAUUUACCUGUAGUGGAUUGAGCAGACACUUUCACAGCUCUGCUCAUGUUAACCUGUGAUGCUGACCGCCUUACAAUAUUAUACUCCGUAGACAAUAUUCCGAGCCUUAAUCUUUACGACUGAUCUUGACUGUGAUUCUAAAGUAACGCUCAAACUGACACACUGAGGAGCACUCAUCUCAUAGUCCAGCCUCAGUUGUAACUCGUAUCUUUAGGGUAGCUUUAGGUAAGGAAUUUCUUCACAGCCAUGCUACUUAUUUUUAUAUAAACUUAACAGUAAGGUUCAAAAAUGUUCUUUUUUCAUAAUUUAAUACAACGAAGACAACAGUGCUAUCCAUGCACAUUUCUUAUAGUGCUCGUAGUUGAGAAGUACGACAUAUAUAUCAUAUAUUUUGUUUACCUAACAAUGUUAAGUGGCAAGGGGGAGACAGGCCAGGCCUGGGUUGGCCAGACGAGGGGACACGUCUGGCUACCCCCGGCAGGCUGCCCUUUCCCGGUGCCUCUGCCCUCGGCCAUCGGGUCCUCGGCAGACGGCCCUCGUUGGCACUCCUGGCCCGGUGACGAGUCCCUGCCCUCAAUGCCCGGGCUGUUUUUAUAAUAAGCUUUUCCCAAUGGUGCUUGGUUGUGUUACUGCCUAAAUAUAUAUAAGGCUUCACAGUACGUUUAAGCAAAAUAAUAUAUUAUAAUCAUAGUUUUAUUAUUUUGCCACUACAUUGUGUCCAAAGGAAGAAAAUGCUUUUUAUCCUAAAAUAAUAUUCAAUUAUAAUGCUGAUAAUUGAGUUACUUUCAUAAACAUUAUGACUACCUUAAGUAUAUAUAAUUCUUAAGUUUGUGGGUUGGCUUCUGCGCCGGCCUGGUGUGCCAUAAGAAUGUUGCUGGGACGGUGAAGACCCAGGCUUGAGACAAGGCAAUAAAUGGAAGUUUAUUGAUCC